GCUGUGGAACUUGGGGGGCGAAAACUGGGAACUUAGACGGAAUUUUCGAGCUCUUCCACACCCAUUUAGGACUGGGACCUUAUCUCCAUCAACUCCACUCCAUGAUCUUCGUUCUCGAAUUACAGUGUUUACAUCAAGAUGGCAACUUUGAGAAUUUUGGCCUCCGGCUUUUUCUGGUGCUGAAACCAAGCUAGCUAUCAAUGGCAGAUCCUUCGAUUCUUCUGGAGUUGGGCGACAAGCUUUUAAAAGUUGCUGAAAGAGGUCUAACAUACAAAAGCACUCGAGAAAUCCUCAAGUCGACCAUCGAGGAUUUGGGUCCAUUGGUUGAGCAGAUUGGGCAAUGCGUCAAUCAGAAUGAUCUUCAAAGUGAAGAAAUAGAGAAGCUGAAGAAGAUAAUAGAAGCAAACAAGGAAGUUCUUGACAAGUACAAAAUCCGUAGGUGGAAGUUCUUUGUUGCCCCAUAUUUUCAGAAGAAGCUCGAUGAAGAGUACCAGUCCCUUCGACGGUACUGCUCGGUUCAGAUGCAAAUGCAGAUAGCAAGGGAUUUGAAUAAAAUCCUAUCCAAGUUGAGUUCUGAUGAUAAUAGCCUCAGGAACCAAAGCUUCUCACCUCAAGGUUCUAAAAGAAUCAGAACACAAACUUUCAAGGGUAAUCUUGAAAUAUUCCCAGAAUUUACAGUGGGAUUAGAUGGUCCAUUCAUGAAGGAGUUGAAGUCUAAGUUGCUUCAUGGGGAUGAGCAGGUCUUGAAUUUGUAUGGUCUAGCGGGAUCCGGAAAGAGCACUUUGGCAAAGAAACUCUGUCAUGAUCCCCAAGUCAAAGAUAAAUUCAAGAACAACAUCUUCUUUGAGACCUUGGGUUCACAAAUUCAAAGCAAUGAAGCAAUGAACGAAUUGCAAGACCGACUGCCUGAGUUCGGGGCCAAUCCAGUAUUGUUGGUUCUGGAUGAUGUUUGGCCUGCCUCCAAAAAUGUUGUGGAGGAGUUUAGGGUCCAAAUGUCAGCAGGCUCUAAAAUUUUUGUGACUUCAAGAGUUCCGAUUGCCACACUUGGCACUCCAUACCCCAUGGAACAGCUUUCUGAAAAUGAUGCAGUAGCUCUAUUCCUUCACUUUGUUCAGCCAAGCAACAUCGAUUUUGGUGACAAAGAAAUGCAAAAAAUUCUCCUGCAGAUAGUUAAAGGUUGUAAGCGUCUGCCACUUGCUCUUGAAUUCAUUGGUCGUGAACUACAAGAUAAUGGUAUUGAGAUGUUGCAAAAGGUGCAGCUAGAAUGGUCACGUGGUCAGUCUAUUCUUGAUUGGAACCUGAAGAUCAAAGGAUACCUGUUUCAGCUUUGAUUGACAUCUGGACAGAACUUUAUAACCUUGACGAACUUGGCAUAUAUGCAAUGAUCUUCAUCCGCAAAUUAACAGCCUUGAAUUUAGCUGCUGGCAUCAAAGUUAGAAGGAUAGUCGGAAGAAUUGAAGACAAUUACUACAACAACCACUUCCUCAUGCAACAUGAUCUUUUCCGAGAGCUUGCUAUACAUAUAAGCAACCAAGAACCAUUUGAGAAUAGGAAAAGAUUGAUCAUUGACGUGAAUG